AUGGGAAUUGAUUUGUUAGAUAAGAAAUAUUUACUAAACUUUGUGUAUUUAAAAUAUCACAGCAUAAGCAGGAUAAAUGGUGGUGCUGAAGAUUUUGACAUUUAUUGUGAAAUAUGUGACAGAGCUGAUAUAAGGCUUCCUGCCAUUGGUUACUGUGUAGAUUGUGAGGAACACUUAUGCCAAUCUUGUUUCAACACUCAUAGGCUACCAAGACCACUAUGCCAUCACCAACUCUUAGAUAAAGAUCACAUGCCACAACAACAAAAACUCCAUAGAUCAUCGAAAUUCACUUCCAGUCCACAGACUGGUGAUUUAACAAAGCCUUGUACUAAACACACCAAAGAAGUGAUCAAAUUCUACUGUCAUGACCAUAAUGCUCUUAUCUGUAGUGUUUGUGUGACCCUUGAACAUACACCAACAUCCUGUCAUGUGGACUACAUACCUGAUAUAUCAGGGCAGGCUUUAGACAGCACUGAGUUCAAGGAAGCUCUGAAAGAUAUUGAUAAAUUGAUAAACAAAUGCUCUCAGAUGACAAGUGACCUGAAACAAAUAGUUGCUAAAUCAACAACUUCUCUGAAUGAUGCUAUAGCAGAAAUUGACAAAUUCAGAAAAGAGAUAAACAAGAGAUUAGAUGAACUAGAAAAGGAGGUUAAAGAUACUGCUAUAACAAUCCAACUUGACAACAACAAAAAGAUGAAAACAACAGAAACAACAUGUGAUAACAUCAACAAAUCACUUCAAGCAUCAGCUGAUACUCUGAAACAUCUCAAUAUAAACAAGAAAACUGACCAAUUGUUUGCUGAACUUAAGAUAGCUCAGCAACUUAUUCAAGAUAAUAACAAUAUAAUAUCACAACUACAAACAAUCAAUGACAUUGAUGAGUACAUCUUUGAACCAAAUCAAGGUAUCAAGAAAGUCCUUCAGGAUGAGAAAUCAUUAGGAACAUUAAGCAGUAAGAAAAAGAAACACACAGCUGAACCAAAGAAUCCAACUAUUGUAGGAAUGAAGUUGUCUACUCCUAUUAAAUAUAUCAAUGCUAAAUCAUCCUCAGAUAAAAACUCACUCUCACUGAAGAACAAACUGAAGGUAGAUGGAGAGUGUAAUGGUAUCAGUCAUCAUCAGGGAAAACUUGCAGUCACAUAUAUAAAACCUGGUAAACUCCAAGUCAUGAACUUGAAAGGUAAUGCUAAAAUUACAGUUGAUAAAGAUUCCAAUGGUGGCAAUAUAUUCAGUCAUCCUUG